UCUACGUAACGUAUAAAAAGCCAUGUCAGAUAAACGUCCGUCCAUACAAUACAUAUGACCAUUGGCCGAGCUUUUCGACAGAGGGGUAAGCUCUUAAAUGCGUCUCCAGUUGUUAAAUCCUCCAAGAUUAUUGUAAACAAUGUGCUGAUAUUUCGUGAAACGGCCAAGAGUCGUCCGGCCCGAUAUCGGCACCGACGUCGCUUCUGAUCUUUAGCCGUCCGAAGGCAGGAUUAGCGCCCUUUAGUGUGCGCUACAGAUAGCGUUUCGUUCGCUACGGCACAAACGAUUGUCAUCUUGGCUAGGCCCUUAGAGAUCCUUUAUUCACUCCUGGUAUAUAUUUUCAGGCCAUGUGAGUAGGUACUUAAACCCUUUUGCGUUGACGACAUUGUUAUGGACUGCCCCAUGCCGCGCCGCCCUGCGUGCAUAUAUAAAACUACAAAAAGCUUGUUUGUAAUGUUUCUUACGGAACCCUAAAUAAACGCUUCUUCUUCCUCGCGUUGUCCCGGCAUUUUGCCACGGCUCAUGGGAGCCUGGGGUCCGCUUGACAACUACUCCCAAGAUUUGGCGUAGGCACUAGUUUUACGAAAGCGACUGCCAUCUGACCUUCCAACCCAGAGGGUAAACUAGGCCUUGUUGGGAUUAGUCCGGUUUCCUCGCGAUGUUUUCCUUCACCGAAAAGCGACUGGUAAAUAUCAAAUGAUAUAUCGUACAUAAGUUCCGAAAAACUCAUUGGUACUAGCCGGGGUUUGAAUCCGCGACCUCCGGAUUGCAAGUCGCACGCUCUUACCGCUAGGCCACCAGCGCUCUGGAACCCUAAAUAAACGCAAAAUUGUAUAAUAUGGGAUAAAUAUAAACUCUGGCAAAUCCAAUCUCUGCAUUCUCGCAAAUCUUUGGUAAAAUAGGCGCUAAAUUAAAAUUGUCUGCGAGACAACAACCUUUCGCGUCUAAAUUUUAGAAUUUAGCUAAUUUAGGUAUCCUUCCUAGGACCCUUCUCUGAUGGAAAGCUACAUAUAUUUUUUAAGCCCCCUUUUUUAGUGCCAUAACGGUAACUCUAUAAUCUAUUUAAACCCGUUGCUCCACCCAUAUUCAACCACCACUUACAGCAAAGACUUACAGGCACCGGAAACCAUGUCAGGGUACGUUCAAAUAUCCUUGCGAAAUGGCUAAUGACCGAAAUUAGGUAAAAAUGUUAUAUACAUGGUUUAGAUAUAUAAUAAACACUAGUGUAGACUGGUGAAGUUACACUUAGUAUAAAUAAUUUACCUAAUAAAAUAUUUUUUAUGCAUUCUAAAACACUUAAAUUUUUUAACAUUUUAACCAUUUCCUGAUAAUUUUUGAACGUCAUCUCCACUUUUAAUUUUGACAUUGAUUGACGUUAGAUUUAUAAUAAAUUUUAAAAACAACAAUAAAGCAGCAUUAUAUUCUACCGCGAGUACCGCGAGAAUAUUGAGUUAUUAAAUAACUUGGUACAUAAACGUUAUCCUUAUUAUGCCUCAAACCUUCCAAGUGUUGCGGUGUUACAAAUGCGAGGUGUUCCAAGUACACCCAACUAAGAAAGCUAACAAAUGGAAAUGUAAGCUAUGUAAUGUGAGAAACAAUUUUAAACGGUUUUAUGGUUUGGGCACAGGCAAAGAGUGCAGGUUACACGUCCAGAAACUAAAUGGGAUCAGAGCUGACAUCGAUGCCAAUGCCACUAGCUGUGCAUCUGAUACCAGUGGCACCAGUAAUACAACAGAAAACCCAGAACAGAAUGAAAUCUUAUACUGUUCAGUUGCCAAGAAAAGUAAAUGGCUGGAUUAUUUAGACACUGAGGAAAACUCACAUACUGAGGAAAAUGAACAAAUUUCUGACGAAACAAUGCUCCUGAACAAUACUGAGAUUGUAUUGGAAUUACCAAAAAAGUGUAAACGGAAAUCUUAUACAAGUACUAGAAUAUUGAAUAAGCCUAAAUCUGAAUGUUUUUCAGAAGAUUUUUCGCAACCCUUAACAACGUCAAAUGAUGAUAAAAAGAGUAAUAAUAUAACAACAGCCAUGGAUAGAACCAAAUCAGUUAUUUAUACCUGCACGGCUGACACAGCCCAUUAUGUACCAGAAGCUUCAAUAAUUAAUAAUUCAAAAUGGGCAAAAUUGGUAGACAACACCCAAAAUUGUGAAGAUGAAUAUAGUAAGGAUCCGAUUACAUAUAAUAUAUUCACUCUCAACCCUAUACAAGAUGAGGAACUUGAUUCAGUCCUGGAUCUGUAGUUCAAUCAGCUUUAUAGCUUGUAUUUAAGAAAUUGCCCCAAUUUUCCACAAGAUCAUUAAAGAAACAAGAGUGUCA